CACCUGGUAUAUAUAGCCACUCUGACUGUCAGAGUUCUCCUGGCUGCCAAAAUGAAGGGUAUAAUCUCCAUCUGCUGCUUUCUGUCUCUGCUGGUCUUGGCCAUAACAGAGGAGGAGGAGGAGGACGUGCUGACCUCCAUCCUGCGCGACAGAUCUCACAUCGAGGAAACGCUCAGGCUCGCCUCUGAGGAGCCAGCCGGCGACUAUGCAGCGGCUCUGCAGAGAUUGCGUAAGAUCUACCACUCCUCCAUCAAGCCCAUGGAGCAGGCCUACAAGUACAGCGAGCUCAGGCAGCACGAAAUCUCAGCCUACCCUGGACGAACCCUGGGGGCAUCAGCUACAGAUGGGGAGAUCACCUCCAAGCCCAUGGUACUGUUUCUGGGUCCCUGGAGCGUUGGCAAGUCCACCAUGGUCAACUACCUGCUGGGCCUGCAGGAUUCCCCUUACCAGCUCUACACAGGCGCUGAACCCACUACCUCUGAGUUCACGGUGAUCAUGCACGGUGAGAAGGUCCGCUCCAUCGAGGGCAUCGUGAUGGCAGCCGACAGCUCCCGCUCCUUCUCGCCGCUGGAGAAGUUUGGCCAGAACUUCCUGGAGAAGCUGGUCGGCAUCGAGAUACCCCACAAGCUCCUGGAGAGGGUCACCUUCGUCGACACGCCCGGCAUCAUCGAGAACCGCAAACAGCAGGAGAGGGGCUACCCCUUCAACGACGUGUGCCAGUGGUUCAUUGACCGGGCGGACCUGAUCUUCGUGGUGUUCGACCCCACCAAGCUGGACGUGGGCCUGGAGCUGGAGAUGCUGUUCAGGCAGCUGAAGGGCCGCGAGUCCCAGAUCCGCAUCAUCCUCAACAAGGCCGACAACCUGGCCACGCAGGACCUGAUGCGCGUCUACGGCGCCCUCUUCUGGAGCCUGGCGCCGCUCAUCAACGUGACCGAGCCGCCCCGCGUCUACGUCAGCUCCUUCUGGCCCUACGAGUACGCGCCCGACACCAGCCGCGACCUCUUCAAGCGCGAGGAGGUCUCCCUGCUGGAGGACCUCAACCAGGUGAUCGAGAACCGGCUGGAGAACAAGAUCGCCUUCAUCCGCCAGCACGGGAUCCGCGUGCGCAUCCACGGCCUGCUGGUCGACCGCUACGUCCAGACCUUCAAGGACAAGAUGAGCUUCUUCAGCGACCCCGAGCUGGUCUUCAAGGAGAUCGUGGACGACCCCGACAAGUUCUACAUCUUCAAGUCCAUCCUGGCCAAGACCAACGUCAGCAAGUUCGACCUGCCCAACCGCGACGCCUACCGCGACUUCUUCGGCAUCAACCCGGUGAACAGCUUCAAGCAGCUGUCGGCCCAGUGCUCCUACAUGGGCGGCUGCCUGCUGGACAAGAUCGAGAAGGCCAUCACCAACGAGCUGCCCAGCCUCCUGAGCAGCAUCUCCUCCGGGAAGAGCCCCGGCCUCUCGUCCUGCGAGGCCACGGGCUGCGGGGAGAAGCCCAAGAACCGCUACCGCAGACACUGAGACGGAGGAGAGGGAAGGAGUGAGAGAGGGAAAGAGUGGAGGGAGAGGUGGAGCGGUGAGGUGGGGGAGGAGAGGGUAGAGGUGUGCAGGGAAGGAUGGAUGGUCCUCACGGCUGACCUCCUCCGUCCCCUGGCCCCGCCCCCUCCCCUGAAUCCCAUGAUGUCAUUGUCUGCAGGGAUGGAGGUUCUUUGAUUUUAUUUUUGUUGUUCUUUUCUUUUUUUCAGAAGAAUGCGGGGUGUGAGUUUGGGGUUCUAAAGGAAGGAGAAGGGGUGGAAAAUUAAGGGUGGGGGUUGGGAAUGGCUGAAGGGUACGGGUGUUUGUGAGGUGAGAGUUUCACAGGUGAGUUUAGUCAAGUUGAACUCCCUCCUCUCUCCCCUGCAAAGCAGUACAGAACUGUCGACCGGUUUGGAGAAGAAAAAAAAAUACAUGUUGAAAAAAAAAAUAGUUGAAACGAAAAAAAAAAUUGUAAAAAUAUUUUUAAGUGAAAAAUUAUGAGACUUUAACAGUCUGUGCCAGCUCCCUUGUAUGUGAAUAAAAUGGAGAAAAAAAUGGAAA